AUGGACAAGGCGGACCAAAUCGCAGCGUGCUCUCAAUUACGAGCUGUCGGGCUAGGCGACCGAAUCAUCUUUCCUUCCGACUGUCGAUAUCGAGAUUUGGUGGCACCGCACUGGUCUUUGACGGCUGAGCUCACCCCCUACUGCGUCAUUCAACCGGAAACCACCAAAGAAGUAGCCAAAGUUGUGUCAGUACUUAGCCAAGCGAAGGGCUGUCUCUUUGCCGUCCGCAGCGGUGGUCAUACGCAGUGGCCUGGAGCAAGUAAUUGCAGUGGAGGCAUCGUCAUCGACCUUUGUAGGAUGAAGAACGUCGAGUACGAUGAAGAUCGAAACAUCGUUACAGUACAGGCAGGUUGUCGAUGGAGGGAUGUCUACAGCAAAGCUGAUGAGUACGGCGUCACAGUCAAUGGCGGUCGUAUGGGUGAUGUCGGUGUCGGCGGCUUCCUGUGCGGCGGCGGCAUCUCGUGGCUCUUGCCUCGAUACGGCUUUGGUUGUGAUAUGGUGGUCAACUACGAGGUUGUUCUCGCUAACGGCGAUAUCAUUCAUGCUAAUCAUUUGGAAAACGCUGAUCUAUUUCUCGCGCUAAAAGGUGGAGCGUGUAACUUCGGCAUUGUCACACGUUUCUAUCUCGAGGCGAUUAAAGGAGCGGAGGUUUGGGCGGGUAUGUACAUCUGCCAAAGUUCAACGAGCACACAACAUAUCAAGCACUUCGUGGAUUAUAUCGAUACGAUUGAAGAGAAGACAGACACAUCCUAUUGUCUUCUUUGGGCUUGGUCUUCUGAAGCGAAGGAUGUGGUUCUCUCCGUAAUGGUUUGCAAUACCAAGGGUGUUGUCGAACCCCAGGCCCUCUCCGGGGUUAUGGAAGUCCCAUGGACAUCCAAAACGGUAGACAGAAGAAGCGUGACGGCGCUCGCCCUGCAUCUGGAGUCGCCACAGCCCUUUUACAACAAAUGGUUGACGGCUACCUUUGCAAACGACAGCCAAAUUCUCACCAAAAUUGUCGAGUUUCACGAGAAACUGAUAGAAAAGCUUAAGGUUAGGAUACCUGAAAAUGAUUUUAGCACCGUCUGUUGCGUACAGGCGCUUCCUAAGCUCUACGCCGAGCGAAGCCUCAAGAAAGGCGGGAACGUUAUGGGCGUAGAGAGACUCGGAGAGAACUGCUUCAUACUGUUGCUAGGCGCCCACAUUAAGGUGUACAAGGAUAUGGAGUACGGGUUCAGGGCACUUCAGGAGUGUUAUGAAGACAUCGUCAAGGACGCCAAAUCGAAUGGUGUAUUCAAGGAAUGGCUGUACCUCAACUAUUCGGAUAUGUCGCAGAACCCACUGCCGACCUUUGGCGAGGACAAUGUGGAGAAGAUUCGAGCGGCUGCAUUGAAGUAUGAUCCCAACGGCAUAUUUCAAUCAAGGUGUCCCGGCGGGUUCAAGAUCAGCAAAAUCCCAGGCAAGGACUGCAAAGAGACAUAG